UACGCAACGGCACCCGGCAACUCGGGCCGAAUCCCAGCGGGAAGGGGGCCCUUCCUUCCCCCGUCAAGAGGGCGCAUGCGGUUCAUUUCCUUACUCUUAAGUAAGCUUUUAGGCUCCCGUCGUCACACGAGCCCCAACACUACCGGCACCAAUGAAAGCAGAUAACAGCAAGUCUAAUUUUGCUCCCUGGGGCGAAGGACAGCCGGUUCCCUCCCCGGCAGCGCGCUCGCUUAGGGGACCCCACCUUGUCCUCCAAGCAGCUGCCGCACUCGGCCGCGCGGUGGGAGUGCCGGCGCCGGGAGCUCCGCGCUGGUCCUGGUCGGCAGCCAAGCGCCAGACCCCCACCCCCCCUUCCGUAUCCCAUGCAUGCUGCUGCUCAGCGGUCGAGCAAGGAAGACCCUGCAAGGCGCCUCUCACCAGUGUAGUCCGCAGUCCUUUUCCCCCUCGUCGUAGAACUAGGAGGAAGAGAGAGAUCUCUGUGACGUCAUCCCCGCUGCUGCAAUCCCAAGCCGGAAAUACUCGUGUGCCGCUCUACACAUUCCCCUCUAUGGUCUUGCCUCAACGUCUUCCUAGAAUCCUGCAGCAGCAGCAGCCACUGAGGUCCCCCAGCCAAGAUGGCGGAAGAGAAGAAGCUGAGGCUGAGCAACACCCAGCUGCCCACGGAGUCCAUGAAGGUCGUGGCUGAGUCUGUGGGCAUAGGGCAAGUCCCAGAGGAGACCUGCCAGCUCCUGGCAGAUGAAGUCAGCUACCGCAUCAAGGAGAUUGCACAGGAUGCCGUGAAAUUCAUGCGGAUGGGGAAGCGCAGGAGCCUCUCCACGGGGGACAUGGACUUUGCUCUGAAGCUGAAGAAUGUUGAGCCCCUCUAUGGGUUCCACACGCAGGAAUUCAUCCCGUUCCGUUAUGCGAGCGGUGGGGGGCGUGAGCUCUACUUUUAUGAGGAGAAAGAGGUGGACUUGAGUGACAUCAUCAACACGCCCCUCCCCCGAGUCCCCCUUGAUGUCUGCCUCAAAGCACACUGGCUGAGCAUUGAGGGGGUUCAACCUGCUAUCCCAGAAAACCCACCCCCAGCCCCCAAGGAGCAGCAGAAAGCGGAGGCCACGGAGCCCCUCAAAGCCUCAAAGCCUGGCCAGGAGGAAGACGGCACCCUCAGGGGCAAAGGCCAGGGCGCCACGCCCCCCGACGGCAAAGGCAAAGAGAAGAAGGCCCCCCUUUUGGAGGGAGCCCCCCUGAAGCUGAAGCCGCGCAGCAUACACGAGCUGUCCGUGGAGCAGCAGCUGUACUAUAAGGAGAUCACCGAGGCCUGCGUGGGCUCCUGUGAGGCAAAGCGAGCUGAGGCGCUUCAGAGCAUCGCCACAGACCCUGGUCUCUACCAGAUGUUGCCUCGGUUCAGCACCUUCAUCUCUGAAGGGGUGCGAGUGAAUGUUGUGCAGAAUAACCUUGCCCUUCUGAUCUACCUUAUGCGGAUGGUGAAGGCUCUGAUGGACAACCCCACCCUCUACCUGGAGAAAUAUCUGCACGAGCUGAUCCCUGCCGUGAUGACCUGCAUCGUGAGUCGGCAGCUGUGCCUGCGGCCAGAUGUGGACAACCACUGGGCCCUGCGGGAUUUUGCUGCCCGCCUCAUUGCCCAAAUCUGCAAGAACUUCAGCACCACCACCAACAAUAUCCAGUCGCGGAUCACCAAAACCUUCACCAAGACCUGGGUGGACGAGAAGACCCCCUGGACAACGCGCUAUGGAUCUAUUGCUGGGUUGGCUGAACUUGGGCAUGAUGUGAUCAAGACCCUGAUCCUGCCACGGCUGCAGGUGGAGGGUGAGCGUGUCCGUGCUGUCCUCGAAGGGCCAGUGGUCAGCAACAUUGACAAGAUUGGAGCCAAUCAUGUCCAGAGUCUUCUGCUGAAGCACUGUGCUCCAGUCCUGGCUAAGCUGCGCCCCCCACCUGACAACCAGGAGGCCUAUCGGGCGGAGUAUGGGGCUCUGGGCACCCUUCUAUGCACCCACGUGGUCAAGGCCCGGGCCCAGGCGGCCAUGCAGGCCCAGCAGGUGAACCGCACCACCCUGACCAUCACCCAGCCGCGUCCAACGCUGACUCUGUCCCAGGCCCCUCAGGGGUCCAGCAGUGCCGCCUCGCGGGCGCCCAGCAUCAUCAAGAUGCCCAGUUCCAUCACCCUCCCGGUCCAGACGCUCGUCUCUGCCCACCCGGCCACCCCCACGCAGCCCUCGCCCCCUUCAGCCAAGUUCAUCGUCAUGUCCUCCGCGUCUGGGACCUCCACCUCCCAGCAGGUGAUCACGCUCAGCGGUGGCCCUGCUGGCACAUCCACCUCUCCCGUCACCACCACAGUGCCCAGCACGCAGCCCCUGGUCAAGCUGGUCUCCGGGGGGCAGGCCGCCUCUGGCCCCCAAGUCUCAGGCAGCGUCCAGAAGUACAUCGUGGUGUCGCUCCCACCUGCUGCUGAGGGCAAAGGGGGGGGUGCCCAGCUCUCGCCCUCCUCCUCCUCCUCCGCUCCCCCCAGCCUGGCCCUCUGCAGCGGCAUCAAGCAAGAACGGAGCGAGAGCCCCCAGCCCCCCGGGAGUGCCAGCACCUCCGCUGCCACCGCCUUCCUCACCAAAGCCAAUGGGGCUCACGGGGGGGUCCCAGAGUCCCCACAGCCCUCCCUGUGAGGGAAUCUGCAACGUGCCUGAGCCAUGGGGGGAGGCGCCCUUCUCCACGCAGGUGGGAAGGCGGCCUGGGGGUGGUCUCCAUGCCAAGGGAAGGUGGGACCUUCUGAGGACAGCUAUGGCUCCUCAACAGCCCUGGGAAGGUGGGGUGGGGGUUAUGGGGUUCUCUGCCCCCUUGCCUGUGUCCUCCUUGCUUUGGGGGAAUACCCUAUCUCCCCCCCCCCAACCAACUUAGAUUGUUGGGGGGCAGGAAGGUAGCGAGAGGUUUUUCCCCACAGUAUUGCCUCUGUGUUCACCACGGGAGAGGGCAGAGUUUUUGUGUUCAUGGGGUUGGGGAGAUGUUGGGGAUGCUCUGUUUGAUGUAGCAGAAAAGCUGCCAGCUGUUUUCCGUAUGACAUAAAAUGUAAAUAGAGGCUCUGUAGUAUCCAAUAAACUCAACUGUUCUACCUCUUGCUA